AUGAAUUCGAGCGGGGAAUCAGGCGGCACGAUGACGGAAGACUACGAGGUGGCUGGCUGCGGCCCACCGGAAGAGGAAACAGGCUCAAACUUACCAGUCUGGGAAGCCGCGGCCGCCUCUCUGACACUGGGCUUCCUCGUUCUGGCCACGGUGCUGGGGAACGCGUUGGUGAUCCUCAGCGUGUUCACCUACAGGCCGCUGCGAAUCGUGCAGAACUUCUUUAUCGUCUCGCUGGCGGUGGCCGAUCUCGCGGUCGCCAUCUUGGUGAUGCCUUUCAACGUCGCCUAUCUGCUCCUCGGCAAGUGGAUCUUCGGUAUACACCUGUGCAAACUGUGGCUCACCUGCGACGUGCUCUGCUGCACCGCCAGUAUACUGAAUCUGUGCGCGAUCGCGCUCGAUCGUUACUGGGCGAUCACCGACCCGAUCAACUACGCGCAGAAACGAACCCUGAAGAGAGUUUUGGCGACGAUAGCCGGCGUGUGGUUGUUGUCCGGGGCGAUCAGCUCGCCGCCGUUGGCCGGCUGGAACGAUUGGCCGGAGGAAUUGGAGCCAGGUACGCCGUGCCAGUUGACCAGAAGGCAGGGUUACGUGAUUUACUCGUCGUUAGGCUCGUUCUUUAUUCCUCUGUUGUUGAUGAGCCUGGUGUAUCUGGAGAUCUUCCUGGCGACGAGGAGAAGACUCAGGGAACGGGCCAGACAGAGUAGGAUAAACGCUGUCCAGUCGACUAGACACCGCGAGGUGGACGACGCCGAGGAGUCGGUCAGUUCCGAGACGAACCAUAACGAGAGAUCGACGCCUCGGUCGCACGCGAAACCUUCGUUGAUCGACGACGAGCCGACGGAGGUGACGAUAGGAGGCGGCGGCACCGUGACUACGUCCUCCUCGAGAAGAACAACCGGCGGACGAGCACCGGCGACAACCACCACCGUGUAUCAGUUCAUCGAGGAACGACAGAGGAUCUCGUUGUCGAAGGAGAGACGAGCCGCGAGGACGCUGGGCGUGAUCAUGGGCGUGUUCGUCGUCUGUUGGCUACCGUUCUUUCUCAUGUACGUGAUCGUGCCGUUCUGUCCGGCUUGUUGUCCAUCGGAUCGAAUGGUCUACUUCAUCACGUGGCUCGGUUACGUGAACAGCGCCCUGAACCCGCUCAUUUACACCAUCUUCAAUCUCGACUAUCGGCGAGCAUUCAGGAAGUUGCUGCGUAUUCGUUGA